AUGUCUGAUCUUAGGAGAAGAGCACUCGGCGGAGCCAAGACAGUGUCCCGCAGGGCACGCGCGAAGGCGGAAUCAGGCCUUUCUUCUUCGAACCACUCUCCAAACGGAUCUCCAGGCAACUCGCGACCCGGCUCACGGCCUAGCUCGCACCCCGGCAGCCGCUACGCGUCCGAGGACGAGUACGCAAGCGCAUCUGACAAUGACGACAUUACGACCAUCGACACCGGCUCGGUUUCUGGAGACGAGGACAACACAGAUUACACGUGGGCUGAGCGGCUGCAGGACCGCGUGACGGAGCUGCAAGAUCGCAAGCGGAGCAGCGUCCAGGGGCGCGAAGCUACACUGGGAGGAUACAAUCACAUUUUGAAGCACCAUGUCGCCCUACGGCAGCUCGAUCGAUCCGUUGCCGACAUCAUGCCCAUCCUACUCAAGGACAGUAAGAACGGAAGCAGCGAGGAAGAGCGAUUACGGGCGAUCAAGGCCUUCACCUUGACGCUUAUCACAUGUCCCUCGGACACCAUUUUCGACCAAGCCCUGCCGAUACUGAAGUCUGCCUGCCACGACGCGGAGGCAGAUGCAGAAGCAAUUAAAGUGGAGACGAUUCGCGCGCUUUGCUUUGCCGUGACAUACGGAGGCGGUUCAAGCAACGCGGCAGAGGAAGUCCUCGACUUUCUGCUUGAGAUCGUCGAAAGCGACGGCCACUCAGUCAACGCACCCGACAGCGGCGCGGUAGUCACGGCCGCGCUGCAGGCCUGGGCGUUCGUGGCGAGUCACAUGGACGAUCUGACGGUCCAGUUUGAGGCCGCCAUCGAAGCCUUCAUGGAGCAGCUCGACAGCUCGGACCCGGACGUGCAGACCAGCGCCGGCGUCAACAUUGCGCUCCUUUUCGAGUCUGCCCGCGACUACGAAGCGGACACGGGCGAAAGCUUCGAUCAGCAGUACAACCAGCACCGAAUCAUGACGCGGAUGGGCGAGAUUGUCCGGGAUUCGUCCAAGACAGUAUCGAAGAAGGAGCGGAGGAAUCUCCGGUCCAACUUUUCCAGCAUCGUCACCUCGCUCGAGCGGGGCAAGGGGCCGGGAUACUCGACGGCCGGCCGCUCGGGCCCCAACCCGCACACGGGCGGGUCGACGACGGACGAGGGCGAGUUCCGAGAGUUUGGGUACCGUGAACGGAUCCGCGUGUACAACCAGUUUCUGCUCAUCGACACCUGGUCGCUCCAUGCCAGGGUCGAGGUGCUCAAAAGCUUGCUUGGCGCCGGGUUUGCAAUCCACUACCUGGAGAACCCGGUUGUGAGGGACAUUCUCAGAGGCGCUGAUGUUGAGUAUGUCACGAACAAGAAGACGAAGAAAUGA